CAAACACGUUAAAAGAGAGGGAGGGGGGAGUUGACCUAAGCUGUAUUGGUGGCUUCUUCAAAAACAAUGACACCACAGUAUCAGCAGCUGGUUUUAGAUAAUGGAGCUGCCUUACCCGUCUAGUGAAGCAGUGUUGAAAUAUCGGUCUCACUUCAUUGUACUCACCUCUCUUUUUGUGAUUUCAUGACUGCUCUCAGCCUGUGACUUCAUAUCUAAAGCGUUUAACUCACUGGUCAAGAAUCUUGGAGAAUUCGAAUCUGGAAGAUGCUGGCUGUCUAUUUUGGAUUCCUCCUUCUCUUCCCAUGUUUGUCUUUGUGCAACAAUCCUGGACUUAAAGUGCAAAUAACCAGGAAAGGAAUUGAUUAUGGUUUUCAACUUGGUAUAGAGGCCGUUAAGAAAAUGAUACAGAAUAUGAACCCUCCAGUCUUCACUGGCCAAGUUGGUCCAAUAAAAUUCACCAUUUCAGGGUUGCGUGUUUUACAUCCCAGUUAUUCAGAGUCUUCUAUGAGUCUUGUACCUCCAACUGGACUACAUUUGUCUCUCCAGGAUGUUACAUUUACACUGCAGGGGAAUUGGAGAAUUAACUUUGCUGGCAUAAACCCACAUGGAUCAGCUGACAUCUUUGUAUCAAGGCUUUCAAUCUCCUCAUCUGUUGGUCUGACCCGAGAUUCUGCAGGACGUCCUAAGAUGCAAAGCAAUAGUUGUCAAACCACCAUAAGCUCAACAAUAGUUGGGGAAAGCAUGGAUAAACUUAUUCAGGCUUCCUUACAGAACGUAGUUGAAGAGCUGAUAAACAAAAAUCUCUGCAUGGAGAUGAACAAACUAAUUGAGAGGCUAAACACAUAUCUGACUACCAUGGAAGUUUCCACUCAGUUUGGACAAUAUGUUGAACUUCAGUAUGGUUUGGUGGGUCAACCACUAAUACGAGAGGACUACAUUGACUUAAAUUUCAAGGGUUCAUUUCGCAGCACCAGAAAUCAUACAGAGCCUCCAUUUUCUCCUGACCAGCUAGAAAUGACUAAGCUUUGUAAUCAGACACAGAAAAUGCUGUGCAUUGGGAUUUCAGAGUAUUUUUUCAACUCAGCAGCGUAUGCCUCCUUUAUGGCUGGAGCCUUGUCACUGGACAUCGCAGACAACAUGAUACCACACAUAAGUCAUCUGAGGUUAACCACAGACAUCUUGGCACUAUUCAUUCCAGAGAUUAUGGCCAGUUACACUAGUGCACCCAUCCUGCUGCAUCUAUCUGUCCACGAACCACCACAAUUCGCCAUUGAACAGGACACACUUCUGCUCAUGCUGUCUGCAACAAUGCAGAUAUUUGCUGUCCUUCCUAACUCUUCAAAGGAACAGCUUAUCCACAUGAGACUGCAAGCAACCUUUACUAUUGGACUUCGUGUGUCUGGGCAGAAGAUCUGUGGGUAUAUUUCUGAUUCCAACUUCCAUUUUAUCCUGACUAAUAUAUUUAUUGGGUCUUAUCAGUGCAACAGAGUACUCUGGGAAAUGAAUCCAGCCAAUCAGGAAGUGAGUUACUGUACCCCGGAGGGUAAAAGUCAUACCAAACCAGUAAAUGAACAAAUUAAGCUCACCUCGCUGUGCAAACAAAUAUCAGAUCGUCAUCUUGCAGCUGUGAAAAUGAUAAUGAGCCAAGCAUCAGAUGCAAUUAUAAUCCCAACGAUAAAUGAGAAGUUAAAUGAAGGAUUUCCUCUACCAAUUAUUGACAAUAUUAAAUUUAUGAAUUCUUCACUAAAGUCCUAUCAGGGAUUUUUUCUAAUUGCAACUGACGUUGAGUUCCUCUCCUGAUUACUGAAGAAUUAUGACAGGACCAUUACCUAUGUAGUAAAACACAAGUUAUGACAUGUUGUAUGAUUUUCUUUUAGAUGUAUCUGCCUAUAUUUAUGCAGUAUUAUCCAAUAUAAAUGUAUUCAGCAUGCAAGAAAUAUUAAUAUGAAAAUGCUAUUACUUCGGUCCAGUGCUGCCUAAAUUUCAUGUGUUUAUUGUAUAUCAGCCAGGAAAUCGAAAUGUUGUACUCUUGUAUAAGGUGUCAGAAUAGAAUAAUGACCACAGAAUUAAAACUUUCACAUAGCUUCACACUGGUGCAGUAGUAGCAUUGCUGCCUCACAACAAGAGGUUCUUCCAUUCGAUUCUCAGCUGGAGGGCCUUUUGUGU